GUACGGGCGCGACGCGAUUACUGAAGCGAGAGCGUCCUAGGUUAAACGGCUAAACGAGACGAUAAUUUUUUGUUUUUUUUUUGUUUUUUUUCAACAAAAUUAGAUAGCAGUAGAGAAGAAACCGAUGUACAGAAACAAAAUAAAUUUGGAGAUCGGGAAACACAGCGUGAGUGGAUGAAGGAAAGGAGGGAGGAAGAACGACGAGAGAGAGAGAAGGGAAAAACGAGACAGUAGAUUAUUAAAACGAAAGAAACAAGAAAAAGUGGUGAUAGUGAGAAGGUGUUACCAAUAUCUCGUCGUAAAUAAAGUUUCUUUUUGUUUAAAACUAAACUACAAAUUGAAAGUCAUCAAAGAGGAGUCGCGAUAUAAAUAAUUGACACAGAAAAUUAAAAAAUACAAACAAAAGUAAAAGUUCGGGAAGGCCAAGAGUAGUGGUGUGCAGUGAUUGUUUUUUUCGUGUCAGUGUUUGCUCCCCGGGCCAGUGUGAGAACCAAGGAAAAUACAUAUUUUACAACGACAAUCAACGAACAAGUGGUGCAUUAUCGUUCUGCAUUAUUAUCUACACGGUGUGACACUGAUUUUUAUUUACUUUUAUUUAUCCUUCGUUGGGUUGAGCGACGUUAUUUUGUUUUCUUCUAACGAGACGCCUCGAAAAUACGUGCGAGUCACUAUAACGUGUCACCGUGGCAAGAUAAUAUCAGUGACGGAGGGGCGGGGGGGAGGGGGAAUACGAGACGAGCGCGAAGUAGCAGAGCAGCAGCCGUCGUCGUCGUCGUCGUCGUCGUCGUCGUCGUCAACGUUCGCCUGCCUGCAGUGAGCACAACGCUCGGGCAGGAGGCAAAAAUUGACUCGUUCCAUACCCACACCCUCACACAAACUCCAUUUCUCAUCUCUCUCCUCCUCUCUCCCUUAUUUUUUAUCCCUUUUUCCUUUUAUUCUCAGGAUUACUUUUUUCCCUCGGUCUCGAUAUACCAAUAUUCACAAUUUUAUCCUCACCUCCUCGCCAUCACGUCCUUCGGUGAAAAUCGAAGGUACAAACAACUGGCCUGAAUCAUGGCGUGCUGCCUGUCCGAAGAGGCCAAGGAACAGAAGAGAAUUAAUCAGGAGAUCGAACGUCAACUCCGGAGGGACAAAAAAGAUGCCAGGAGGGAACUCAAAUUAUUGCUCCUCGGUACUGGCGAAUCGGGCAAAUCGACAUUCAUCAAACAGAUGAGAAUUAUUCACGGUUCUGGUUACUCGGACGACGAUAAAAGAGGCUUUAUAAAGCUCGUUUAUCAAAAUAUAUUCAUGGCGAUGCAGUCCAUGAUACGAGCGAUGGACCUUCUCAAAAUUCAAUAUGGAGAAUCUUCGAAUGUAGAAAAAGCAGAACUCGUGAGAAGUAUAGACUUUGAAACGGUAACGACGUUCGAGCCUCCAUACGUGGACGCCAUCAAGGAUUUGUGGGCAGAUGCUGGUAUUCAAGAAUGUUACGACCGUCGACGAGAGUACCAACUUACGGAUUCUGCCAAAUACUACCUAAUGGAGAUAGACCGAGUCGCAGCGCCAAACUACCUCCCCACAGAACAGGACAUUCUUCGUGUGAGAGUGCCCACAACUGGUAUAAUUGAAUAUCCAUUUGAUUUGGAAGAAAUACGAUUUAGGAUGGUAGACGUCGGUGGACAGAGAUCCGAAAGAAGAAAAUGGAUUCAUUGUUUCGAGAACGUCACCUCCAUUAUAUUUUUAGUAGCUUUAAGUGAAUAUGAUCAAAUUCUGUUCGAGUCGGAAAAUGAGAACCGAAUGGAGGAGAGUAAGGCGCUAUUCAAAACGAUCAUAACAUAUCCCUGGUUUCAACACUCCUCUGUUAUUCUGUUCCUAAAUAAGAAAGAUCUGCUAGAGGAGAAGAUCAUGUAUUCUCAUCUUGUCGACUACUUUCCAGAAUAUGAAGGGCCAGAAAGAGCGGCCACAGCAGCUAGAGAAUUCAUACUGAAGAUGUUUGUCGAAUUGAAUCCAGAUAGCGAGAAAAUAAUUUAUUCUCACUUCACGUGCGCCACAGAUACGGAGAACAUUAGAUUCGUCUUCGCGGCGGUGAAGGACACAAUUCUCCAAUCGAACCUCAAAGAAUACAAUCUGGUGUAGAUGGACAUCGAUGUGAUAAGUGAAAUUGAAAGGAGAAAAAAGUUGAAAAAAAAAUGAAGAAAGGAAAUAAUGAAUGAAUCGAGGCGUGGAUUCAGCUGUUUUUACGUACCGCAAACCAGGAUGAGAUGAGAGUUCAAGCUCGUUAAUUUAGCGCGCUUUGUGGAGAUAAAUCCUGGAUUUUAGAAAUCAGAACGGAAGAGGUGGAACAACGCAAACCAAUCGUUCAGGAACGACGAAAGCAAAGCUACGACGUAACAAACAUAAAAAAAUGAAAGCAAGUAAACAAAAGCUGGAACAUAAAUUUACCAAAAACUCGUGAUGCUCGUCAGCACUGUAUGUCGAGUGCGCACGAGUGUAACAACAUUUUUAGCUAGAACAUAUAAAAGAGAAAAAAAAAUGCAAAAAGGAAGUAUGACAAGAGCGCAAAUUUUUCCAGCGACAAAAACAAACAAAAAGAAGAAGAAAAAAAAAUACAAAAAAGGACCUAAAUCUGAGCGUUAUACGUUCUUUCCUAAAACUUUUCACUAUCGACAUACCGACAAAACUGAUUUAGUUUCGUAACAACUAAUUGUUGGAAUUUGUUACCGUUUUUUAUAGCUUAGCUUAGUGGAACACGAGCCCGGCUGACUGCGACAUCGCCUGAUUUUUUAUAUAAAAAUGAAAUAUUGGAGGAGUAGGCAAAACAAGAGAUAAGAAGAAUUUCUAAAAACACUUAUGAUCACGAACAAACAGACAUUGAUAUAGGAAGAAUUCAAAUUCAUGUAUAGAUGGACAGAGGAGCGAAGGGAAUGGGGAGGGGGGGGGGGGGGGGAGAAGAGGCUGAAGUUAUAAACGCACGAGUCGUCGUUUGUCUGGAGCCGCGGGAUCUCAGCCAGAAAAGAAUUCGAAUAUGAACGAAAGAUAAGAUGAGAACGACACACAUAGAGAAAGAUAAUGACUAUAAAAAGGACAAAAAGCUUUUUAAUCACGAGUAGUCGGUGACACAAGUGAAAGCGAUUCUAGUGCCAUUUACUAGUGUGGUGUUUUUUUUAUGUUUUUUUUGUUUUUUUUUUAAUUUUUUUUUUUAUUGCAGUCCUUCGUUAGAUGCAAUGCCAAAGUGUUUUUUUUUUAUCUGUGCCAGAAACAACUGAGUUUUUUCUGCAUGUGACUCAAAUUCACAAUUCAUCGUAUAAAUAUUGUUAUAUAUAAUAUAUAUGAAAGCGAAAAAGAAAGGAAAAUGAAACAUAGAACAGAGUCGAGGAUAAAAGCAACAACGUCAGCAGAGUUAAAUAACAACAACAACCACACCACAACUACAACGUUAUGAUAAAAAAUAACUCGGCGUGCAAAGUUGAAGUAAAAAUGAAACAUAAACUGAAAUGAUAAAUAAAAAAUGACAAACUUUGCCCAAACUCCUCAAAUUCACAAGGACAAAAAAAAUAACAAUAACAACAAAAAUAAUAGAGAAUGGCAUCUGUUUUGAUGUGACUUUAUAGAUAAUUUAGGGGGAGAGACAGAUGAAAAAAAAGGACAGAAGGAGUGAGAGUGAGAGAAAGAACGAAUGUUCUCUCGGUCCUCUCGUCAUUGUCGUCGUCGUCGUCGUCUUUUGUCGUCGGUGGUGACAAUUUUAAUCGACAAAAAGGACGAGGGCUGGUUCUUACGUUCCAAUCGGUUUUUCACAAUCAUAUUUUAUUAUUAGGAUAAUUAUUACUGAUAUUAUUAUUAUUUUAGAACGUGUCAAAACAAAUAAAAUAAUUCAAAUGAAAAUAAUGACGUUUAACGUUACCGAGAAAAGGUCAAAGUGUUGUUUUCCGUCGUUGUAAUUGCAUUAUUAUCACGUCAGAUUUCAGUGUUUUCUGUUUCCCCCCCCCCCCCAAUGUUUGCCCUCCAAAAACAAUGGUCGCCGCCUAAAAAAUUCGUCGCAAAGCUACUCGCCUUUCUGAUUUCGGAAACCACGUGAGCCCUUGUCACCUUUAUUUUAUGUAUUUUUCCUGUUAUGUUUUAAUUCCCUCUUGUUUGUACCGACGUUACAAUCGCGACGUCGUCGCAUAGCAAGAGACAUGAGCUGCCUCCAAUCCUGUACGCACACGAGAUAUGAGAAAUAAAAUAAUAAUAAUAUUAUUAAUAAUAAUUAUUUAUAAUAAUGAUAAAUAAAUUUAAAAGAAAUUUAAGAGAAUGAAGUGAGAGAAGUAAGAAUAAUAUACGAAUACACAACGGGCGCAUAUGUCUCUCGCUCCGCUUUGUAUCCACCUUACAGUGUACGUAUGUAUGAACUGCUCACUGCCUGCGCUCGCUCAUGCUGGGCCAGCGCACUGCCCAAGAAAAAAAAGUAAAAAAAAAAAGUAAAAAAAAGAAACAAAAAGAAGGAAACAUGCUGGUGUUCUCUCGUUAAAUAGAGAAACAAAAUACGCACACGAGGAAUAGCUGUUUCCGCCAUCGCUGGAGAAUUCACGGUUCCUCUUACCUAGUUGAGGUAGAAAACCGAUGAAUCGGGGUACGUUCGAAAGGGUACACGGUAUAAUACAGAAAGAGAGAAAGUGAGAAAAAAUCCAAUAAAAAUGUAAAUGCACCGUCUGGAGGUGGUGAAAACCGUUAUGAGCUACGUGUUCCAGGGAAUACUCGUGCGAGAAAAACUAACUGCGUUGGGGUAGAGAGAGAGAGAGAGAGAGAGAGAGAGAGAGAAAGGAAAAAAUUUUGUGUUUGGCGCGAAGACGAUUUUUGUUCGUUGUUCGGUGAUAAAGACGAAACGACGUUGAAAAUAUAUGAAAAUUUGGGGAUAAUAAGAAAAAAAAUUAAGUAAUAAAUGAAACAAAAAAAAAAGAAAAAUUUGUACCAAUGUGUAACGAUUAUGUAUUAGCUGAUGAGGUCUCACCGAGCGCAGCGGUAUUCUUCGCGCCGCGUCAACGUCGCACGCACACCGGGCAGCAUACGACAUACCUACCUUCGGUCAAAAACACUGAGUUUAUAUGGAUGAAACAAGAAAAAUUAUAUAUAUAAAUACAUUGGAUAAAGUAUAUUAAGAGAUAAUAACGACAACAACAACAGCAACAACAACAACAACAACAACAACAAAAACAACAACAAAAUACUAUUGAAUAAUAAUAAUACUGCUUGGUUUUCAGUGCGAGAGAGUGAAUUUGCGAAUUGUUUGACCAUAAUGUGUACGUAUGAGUAUGUCCAAGUGAAAAGAAGCGAGCGAGAGAAAACGUAUGAAUAAACGAAUAAAUCGAUGUAUCGAAUUGUGCGCUACAACAUUUAUGAUGAUUUAUUUGCCGAUCGAUACAUUGAAUCAAUCGGCACGUCGAUGUAUCGACAGCGAUGAUUUAUUACAUCAUUUAUGUAUUUAUGUAUAUGUAUAUAUUAAUAUAUGCAUAUAUAUUUAAUUAGUCGAUAUAUCGGAUCGGUUGAUUUAUCGGAAUACGAGGUUUUGUCGAUAAAUGCUGCGUGCACGCGUGGGGAUGUGCGUGUGUGUGUGUGUGUAUGUGUGAGUUUGCCUGUGUGCAUGUCGCUAUGCGGAAGAGAGAGAGAGAGAGAGAGAGAGAGAGAGAGAGAGAGAGAGAGAGCAUAAAAGUGGGAUAAACUAUCCGUGAGCAUAUAAUAGUUGUAAUACGUACGGCGAGUAUGGAUAUAAGUGUGUUACGCUGCGUUAGACGUUUCGAGAUGGUUUGGAGGUGGAUUAAAGAAACGAGACAAACAAGAACGAAUAAGAAAAAAAGACUCUAAACGCGGCGCGACGCGCCCAGGUGUUUAUAUAUAACUGUAAAAUGCCUGUGACACGAGGCGACGUCCGAGUGAUGAAA